GGCUUGAUUCCUAGUACCCACAUGGCAGCUCACAACAACCUGUAACUCUAGUUCCAGCACCCAACAUCCUCUGCUGACUUCUGCUGGUUCCAGACACAAAUAUGAUAGACAGAGAUGCAUGUAGGCAAACACCCUUACAUGUAAAAUAAAAUAAGUUAAAAUAGGUUCUAGUUCAAUUGAAAGUAAGUGAGGUACAUACUUAUUUUCGAAAAGCAUAUACUAAAACUAUAUUAUCCCAUGUGUUUAACUGUGAAGUGUAAGAAGUCAAUUUUUUGUUGCUAAGCAAUGUAUCAUCUAGAGUCCAGGAAGUGCUCCCAAAGGAGGGGCUUUUGAGCUGGGAGUCAAGGAUUAGGGAGGCGGAGAUGAAAGAGGUAACUGUUCUAGACAGGGCAGAUGGUUCUCGAGGAGACAAGGUGUGGCCCAGGAGAUGCCACAGAAAGCAUCACUGUGUGCCUCACAUCGAGGACAGGAGUUGCCCUUCUUCUUUUCAUUGUAUGUCCAGCAAUGAUAGUACAGUCCCUGUGGCAAAGGAGUAAACUCUCAGCAAGGCAUAUUGGAAGAACAAGAAUAAACGGCGUUUCCUGGGAUUCCUGGUGUAGCCCCGGGUACAGGGAUUGCUCAGAGAACACUGCUACCCUUCUCUGAAGCAAGGCUUGUUCCUUUACCUGAGAUGAUGACUGUUGCUGGAGGCUGCUCGGGGCACUUGGAACAGCGUCCUAAGCCUUUGUUGCCCGUUUAAGUGUCUGAGUGGAGUUUGACCCAGGGACAGGGGACUUAGAAAAGACAGGAAAAUAAAUGCAGAGUGAUCUGGCUGGAUCUGGAUCUGCUCUGAGAUGAACUGGUGUCUGCAUUAUUAUACUAUCAGGGACAAAUCUGAGACAGGAUGAGUGUGGCCACCCUGUUACUUAACCAGUCGAGAGAGGGUUGAUACCAGAGCCCAUCAUCCUGGGCAUCCUGGGAGCUCCAUGAUAGCCAGACAGCAAGGGUGAGUGGGUUUAGAGCCGAGUAAAGUUAAAAUGCAAUUAUCAGGAGCUCUUGUCUUUUCAUAAGCAAGUGUGAGCUGCGUUAUGAUGAUUUCAUCCUGGUUCCAUCUGUAGGCUUAGGCUCCUGAAGACUGUGUCAAGAAGGACAAGACGGUUGCAUGUUCACCAAAUCUGUGCAGUAAGAUUGUGGCAGCAUGUGGGGAACUGUUUUGAAAGAGCAGAGGCGUGAGAGCCGGCAUGAAUGGUCAUAUGUCUAACCCUCCAAGUGGUUAUGGAGUCUACCCUUCUCAGAUGAAUGGCUACGGAUCUUCACCACCCUUUUCCCAGAUGGAUAGAGAACAUAGUUCAAAACCAAGUGCAAAGGCCCUUUAUGAGCAAAGGAAGAACUAUGCCCGAGACAGCGUCAGCAGUGUAUCAGAUGUGUCCCAGUACCGAGUGGAGCACCUGACCACCUUUGUGCUGGACCGGAAAGAUGCUAUGAUAACUGUCGAUGACGGAAUAAGGAAGUUGAAGUUGCUUGAUGCCAAGGGCAAAGUGUGGACUCAAGAUAUGAUUCUUCAAGUGGACGACCGAGCUGUGAGUCUGAUUGACUUAGAAUCCAAGAAUGAAUUGGAGAAUUUUCCUUUAAACACAAUCCAGCAUUGCCAAGCUGUGGUGCAUUCAUGCAGCUAUGAUUCCAUUCUUGCCUUGGUGUGUAAAGAACCAACCCAGAACAAGCCAGAUCUUCAUCUCUUCCAGUGUGAUGAAGUUAAGGCCAACCUCAUUAGUGAGGAUAUUGAGAGUGCAAUCAGUGACAGUAAGGGCGGGAAACAGAAGAGGCGGCCGGAGGCGCUGAGGAUGAUUGCCAACGCAGAGCCGGGCAUCCCCCCUCCUCCCCGGGCUCCUGCCCCUGCCCCUCCAGGGACUGUCACACAGGUGGACGUUAGAAGCCGGGUGGCAGCUUGGUCUGCCUGGGCAGCUGACCAGGGUGACUUUGAGAAACCCCGGCAUUAUCACGAGCAAGAAGAGACUCCUGAGAUGGUGGCAGCCCGGAUUGACAGGGAUGUGCAAAUCUUAAACCAUAUUUUGGAUGACAUUGAGUUUUUCAUCACAAAACUCCAAAAAGCAGCUGAAGCAUUUUCUGAGCUUUCUAAAAGGAAGAAAAGCAAGAAAAGUAAAAGGAAAGGACCUGGAGAGGGUGUUUUGACGCUGAGGGCGAAACCCCCACCUCCUGAUGAAUUUGUUGACUGUUUCCAGAAGUUUAAACAUGGAUUCAACCUUCUGGCCAAGCUGAAGUCUCAUAUCCAGAACCCGAGUGCUUCAGAUCUGGUUCACUUCUUGUUUACUCCACUGAAUAUGGUGGUCCAGGCAACAGGCGGUCCUGAACUGGCCAGUUCAGUACUCAGCCCACUGUUGACUAAAGAUACAGUUGAUUUUUUAAACUACACAGUCACUGCAGAUGAACGGCAGCUGUGGAUGUCACUGGGCGAGACUUGGCUGAAAGUCAGAGCAGAGUGGCCGAAAGAACAGUUCAUCCCGCCUUACGUUCCGAGGUUCCGCAAUGGUUGGGAGCCCCCGAUGCUGAACUUCCUGGGCGCUCCCACGGAGCAGGACAUGUACCAGCUGGCCGAGUCCGUGGCUAAUGCAGCAGAGCACCAGCGCAAACAGGACAGCAAGCGACUGUCCACAGAGCAUUCCAGUGUGUCCAACUACUCUCCAUCUGAUGGGUACGCGUUCAAUAGCAGCAUGUACAACAGAGGGCCACAUCUGGACCAAGGGGAGGCCGCCGAGGCUUUCAAGUCAACUCCUAAUCGCCAUGUAGAUAGAAGUUAUGACUCAGUCAAAACACAAACCAAGAAAUACGCCAAAUCCAAGUAUGACUUCGUGGCGAGGAACAGCAGUGAGCUCUCGGUUCUGAAGGAUGACGUCUUAGAGAUACUGGAUGACAGGAAACAGUGGUGGAAAGUCCGGAACGCCAGUGGAGACUCUGGGUUUGUGCCAAAUAACAUUCUGGAUAUCGUGAGACCCCCGGAAUCUGGAGCGGGGCGUGCUGAUCCACCAUAUACUCAUACCAUACAGAAACAAAGGAUGGAAUAUGGUCCAAGAUCAGCUGAUGCUCCUUCUGCCCCAUCACCCCCUCCAACACCAGCACCCGUUCCGGUCCCCCUUCCUCCUUCUGCACCAGCACCCGUUCCUGUGCCCAAAGUUCCAGCAAACGUCACCCGUCAGAACAGCAGCUCCAGCGACAGCGGGGGCAGCAUCGUGCGAGACAGCCAGAGAUACAAACAACUCCCAGUGGACCGAAGGAAGUCUCAGAUGGAAGAGGUACAGGAUGAACUCUUCCAGAGGCUCACCAUCGGGCGCAGCGCCGCACAGAGGAAGUUCCACGUGCCACGGCAGAACGUUCCGGUGGUCAAUAUCACUUACGACUCCACACCAGAGGAAGUCAAGACGUGGCUGCAGUCGAAAGGAUUCAACCCUGUGACUGUCAAUAGUCUUGGGGUGCUAAACGGAGCACAACUCUUUUCUCUCAAUAAAGAUGAACUGAGGUCCGUCUGCCCUGAAGGUGCCAGAGUCUUCAGCCAAAUCACUGUGCAGAAGGCUGCUUUGGAGGACAGUAACGGAAGCUCUGAGUUACAGGAAAUCAUGCGUCGACGUCAGGAGAAGAUCAGCGCUGCCGCCAGUGACUCAGGGGUGGAGUCUUUUGAUGAAGGAAGCAGCCACUGAUCUGUUGAGCUCCAUGAUUCUUGGCAUUGUUGGACAAGCUUUGUUUAAGAAGCCUUGAGGGAAUGUCAAAUCCAUUGUCCUGGUGUAUGUAAAUUAUCGCCAUAAAGGGAAACAGUGGAUGCCUGAGUGAGCAGAGGCCUCGCGCUGCUUCUUUGACCGUUGUUUUGACUAAAAACUGAGAAGUGGGCAGGUGAUCUUGUUCAGCAAGUCAAGGUACUUGCUGCCAAGCCCAGUGACCUGAGUUCAAGUCCUUGGACCUACGUGGUAGAAGGAGAGAGCUAGCUUUUCCAAGUUGUCUUCUGACCACCAUUCGUAAAUAAACAAAUAACAUGUGUAAUUAAAAUAAUUUUAAAGUUAAUUAAAAAGAAAAAUAUUAGACUGAUUUGACCUUGGGAAACAUUUUUUUCCACUUUCCUAAGGCGCACUUCCCUUUGCUCCAUUAAUUAUCUCAGCCUCCUUUGGUGAUCUGUGUUGGGUUGUUUUGACAAUGGAAAAUGUAUUCAUUGCAACAAGGAAAAGCUAUGGCCAUUGAUGACUAAGUCUGCCGGCUCAGCUUUCUGUGACUGAGAUGCCUGUCAUCCAGGGAGGAGGCUCAGCGACACUUACCCUCUGCUCACUUUAGACCUCUCCUCUGACAUACCUAAUGACAGUGUAUUUAGGUUUAUUUAAAGUUCUUAAUGCCAACAGCUUAAAAAAAAAUCACAUUUGAAUGAAUUGUACAAUGUAGCCAGACCUUGACCAUGCAAAUAGGAGACUCUAGUACAUUCUCAAGACGUUUUGUUCCUCGAAGCUCUGUCAGUCGCAAAAUCUUGCAUAGAUUACGCUCUGAUUUAGUUUAUAUUCUGCUUAUUGUGUAUACUGUGUACGUACAUAUGAGGAAGCACAAGAGGGUUCACUUACACACAGUCAGUCAAACCAAGUACCCACCUUGGUGUUUAUGACAGUAUUUUGCUUAAUGAAGGGCUGUUAUAAAUAUUGAUAUAAGUAGUAAAAGGAUAUUGGGCCAUUUUAUGUGUUUUAUCUGUGUAACAAGGGACACUUAAUUUACAUGUACUUUAACCCCAUGAAAGAAUCUAGAUAGAGAGAAGAAAAAUAGCUAAACUUCAACAAAUGUUAUUUUUGGAAACACAAUUUUGUCAUUAAAUGUAAUAUUAUUUCACAUAUAUAAAGAAGACGUUAUGUAAGAAUGUUGUAUAUUUUAACAUAAAUCCAUUUAGAGAGAUUAUCUAGACUCAUUAAUUUUUCAUAGUGCCUUUUUCACUUGAGUCAGCUGGAAAGAGUCUGCAAUAAACAGUAUUUGCUGUAUAUUAAUAAAUAGCUUCUAUCUCAUCAACA